AGGGAGAGCGAGGAGGCGGGGAACCGGAGAGAGGAGGCCCCGGCGGUACCGAGCACCGACACCCAGCGACCCAGCGACCCGACCACAGCGGCUCCGAGGCCCGCAGACUGAGAGGAGGAGGACAAGAGGAUGGAUGGAGAGACUUCUAUCAGCCGUCGUCCUGCUCCCCCUGCUGGUUCUCUACCACAGUUGCAGUUCUCGUAGUAUUUAGAUGCAGUACUCAGUGCGAAUACUUCAAGUGUACAAAAGAAUUUUGAUGCUAACGGACAUUAAGCGGCGCCUGUAGGUCCGUUAUCCCGGCCUUGUUGUAAUCUUAGCAAACAGCCUCUAUUCACCUGCUCUGAAAAUGUAGUUCAGCUUCAUUUUGCAGCUAUUCAAGGUUAGCAGCUAAGAGCUAGCUCACCACACACCUGUCCACGCCUAUUACUUAAAUUCAACUUGAAAACAAAUGACCUUAAAAAUGUAGUUAGACUCUGACCAGGAUCAGGUGCUUGGCAGCUAACGGCUAGUUAGCGCUAGUGGAGAGCCGGUAGCGGUGGCGCAGGACUAAGUCAACGCAGAGCAGGGGUGCGAUGGAGUACCACUCCGGUGGUAGCCUGCCCCUGCUGGGGAGACCGCGGUACUGUCCUGGGGCCAACGCUAACGGAGGAUACCUGUGUGAGACGGGACACUGCUGCGGAGAGACCGGCUGCUGCACCUACUACUACGAGCUCUGGUGGUUCUGGCUGCUGUGGACCAUCCUCAUCCUGUUCAGUUGCUGCUGUGCCUACCGACACCGCCGAGCCAAACUCCGAGUCCAGCAGCAGCAGAGGCAGCGCGAGAUCAGCCUGCUGGCCUAUCACGGAGCCAACUCCUACCCCUCCUCCAUGCUGGACCUCAGUUUCCUGGCGUCUCUGAAGCUCCCGUCCUACGAGGAGGUGGCGGCUCAGCCCUCCACCCCACCUCCACCCUACAGCUCUGUGUUCACCAGUCCACGCUACCCACAGCCCCCCCGUACCUCCGACCCCCACCUGCUCACGCAACACGGCCCUCUGCUGCACCGACCGCUCAGCGAUGGUCCAUCCUCUCUCAGCUCUGAUAACAGCUCCAGUUGUUCCUGUGACUCCUGCUGCCCCUCCUCUCCGUGUAGCUCCUCCUUAUCAGCACCUGUCACGUAUGAGACUGACACAAGCCACGCCUCCACCCCGAGUGAGGUGGCUCCCCUCACACUUGAUGUCACAAUGGAAACCAUCACCGCUGCGGCUUCCUGCUUAGAGGUAAACGAGACACGAUUUGCUUCUGAGAGGAUGGUGGCCUCAGUGGCCAUUGACAUCGAUGAGGUGGAAGCUGCCGGAGCUCAAGAACCUCAGGACUCAUCGGUUCCCAACAAGACUGUUACUGUGGCCGUAGUUACCAGGGCGGCCUCCCCUCAGCCUCCAUCCUCUCCUGGUUCAGAGAUGGCCCUUAAUGUUGGAGCUACAUCUCCCAUAGAGCAACAGCUUGAUCUAAGACCAUGUACAACGGUAGUUAGCACUUGUAGCUCCAGUGUACUCCCUGGUCCAAGUGCUGUUGACUCAGUACUCCCCUCCAUCCAAGUUAUAAGCAUUGAGUUCCCAGCUGAGGGCCCCAGAACUACCCCUGCCCCGAUACUUAAACUAAAGGUGAGCCCGUCUACUCCAACAGACGACACUUCUAAAAGGCUGACAGCCGAACUUACUGUAGAGACCCUCAAUUCAACGAGGACUUUUGAUACACCCAACGUUCCCAGUAGCCCAACUUCAGUACCGUCUCCAGAUGUGGAAAGAACUUUGGCCUUGCUCACAGGCUCUGCUGGUCUCCCAACCCUGGACCCAAAUCCUAGCCUUGUGCCAAUUCCAGCGCCUUCACCCCUCACCCAAGCUCCAGACCCAGUGCCUACAAACCAAGCCGGAGACACCAUAAACUUUACCUGUCCAGAAGUAGAACCCUCAAACCGUGACCCCCUUUCAGACCCACUGUUACCUUCAAACCACACCCCAGUACUAGACUCACCAACUAUCCUUGUUCCGCUCUCCACAUUUAACCCUGGUUUAACUCCUUCACAUUCUACCCUUACCUUAGCCACAGAUGCAGCACCCAUUUUACCCACUUUAGCCCAUUGCCAGAACCCAGAGCUGUCACUGUUGUCAGCUCUUACUCCGGUUCCUGCUUUCCCAAUUUCAGACUUGCCCCAACACCCAGGUUCUGAAGCUGGUCUUGUAUCUUGUCUCAAUCUGGAUACUGAAUCGGGGCCUUGUCUGGUCCCGGCUCCGUUGUUCACCGCCCCAACACCUUUUUCCUCCUGUCCAGCCAUAACCAUACAGUCUGAAUCUUAUUUUGCCUCCUCUCAGUCGCCUCCUUCAGUCACAUCCCCGUCCUCACCCCCAUGCCUUCCCUCUCCUCCAUUUCUCUCCUCCCAACCAACACUGGCCUCCAGCUCCCUCAAAACCCCAGCUUUACUUCUGGACCCACUCUCUGCUCUACACCAGUCUGACAAAGGUGGAUCCUCCUCCGGCCACGCUUCCUCACUCUCCCCCUCACCUCGUGCCACUCAGUCCCCUCCGAAACAGACUCUCUUCUCCCCCUGUGUGGAUGUCUUUGAACCAGGGCCCCCCCACUGGGAGGACGGAGAAGAGAAUCAGGAGGAGGAGGACAACGAUGAUGAAGAUGAUGACAUGGGAGCUGAUGAGAGCCAGUAUAGACAUCGACGACUGACUGGUGACUCUGGAAUCGAGGUGUGUAGGUGUCGGGUAGAAAAGGAAGAUGAGGAGGAGGAGGAGGAGGAGGAAGAGCAGAAGGCGGAAAGGAAGGAGGACAGUAGGAGAGGAGGAGGAGGAGGAGGGGAGAGGGAUAAAAAUGGAGGUGGAGACACUGAUCUCCAUGAUAGUGUGGACUGCCCUGCCAGAGGUCAGAUAACCACAGGGGAGGAACUGACACUGUGUAACCCCACCUCCUCGACCACGCCAACUUCGGAGGACUGUGGGGAAGUUGUCAUUGUGAUGGAGACGGUUUGACGGAUCAAACCAUUUGCCAUCCAGACAAGGCAUGAAGAGGAAUUAACACUGAUUUUGGAGAUUGUCCUGAAUUUGACGGGUAGAAUCAUAUCAAUAAAUGUUGCUGGUUCAGCAGCUGUUAGUCAGACCAGCACAGGCAGUGGAAGUGUCACAGCAAAAGAUCCCAUGAGAAGCAUUGUCUCAACUCAAUCCUGUUCAUUCAACUGAGAGUUGGAAUCUUGAUCGGUCAUGGCUCCAGUGUAAUGUGAGUUUGAAAAGGAGGGGAGGCGUUUACUGAGAUCGCAUCCGAACACUGAACUAGAGAACUGCUGUCAGAUAGAGAAUGUCAAGAAUUGCAAAAGACUGAUUGAACUGCGAUAGAUGGUCCCAUGCAUUCACGCUCUGCAUGUCAAUAUAUUUGGCCAAUCAAAUUCAAUGUGGAAGCUUCUAGUUAUCACUUUUGUCCCGGGUCAAAUUCAUCCCUAUAAGCAGAUGAUUAAAACAUAAGCAAAAUCAUAUUUAUUAAGUGUGGACGAUAAAAACAUUGUUUCUCAACGCCACUAGGUCAUUACUCAGAUCUCAGAUCAGUUACCAGUUUGCAAACAACAGUCACGUCAACAGUCGUAUAUCAAACUCAGACUGAUCUUUCUGACAGUUCCAGUUGAUUAACGUUGCACUUAAUGCAGCAGUGACUAAAACAGUCAAGACAUGGGGACAAAAUUAAAUUCAGUUACUAUAGAGGAACUGCUGCAUUGACCGGGCACAUGAUUUGAACCGACACUCCACCAGUUGUCAAGUGAUCCAAUGACGUGCAUGCUCACAAGACCUAAAAAUUCAAAUCAUGCACGUCGGCCUUCUGUCCCACAUGGUGCGAACAUGGUCUCCUUGGCAUGCGUCACACCUCGGACAGGAAUGGCGUUGUCUUUAAUUACGUCCGUCACCAAACAGAGGAAAGCAACUUUAAAUAGUAGAAUGUUAAGCGUGAGAGUCCUCGCUCGUCUCCGGUGAUGACGGCGGUUUUGGAGACAUACGAGGGACAAAGUGGAUGUGGGAGGAUGAUUCAUGCUGACUGACAGAGGGAAGACUGAUUCAUGCGUUCGGAGGGACGACUUGACGAAGACGUCUGUCGUGAAAGAGGGAUUGGGUGGGUAGUUUAUAGAACAGGAGAGAGGGCUCCUCAGAUUUGAUGCAUUUCUGGUUUAACUCGAUCCUAUGUGGAAGGUUCCAUGGUGGGUGGUGG